AAAUGUCGCUGGCGUCGUCGCGGACCGUUCUAGGAUCAGUGACCGGUUAGGAGGCUCCAGGCGGCGGCUCCGGUGAGCGAGACCCGGCGGCAGGUGCACCCGAGACUGAAACCUCUGCUGUGCUGUUUCCAUGAGUAAUUUAAUCUAUUUACAGAGAAAGUGAAAAAGCCUCAACAGGUUCAAUGUGGGAAAGUUAGCAGUCAGCUUCCCUCCCUCUAUUGUCAGAUCAGCUUUAACCCCAACCCUUCACAAAGAGGAAGGUGUACUGUGACACCACAUGGGCCUCGGAGGCCACCUGAUCUGAUCAUCACAGCCUCUGGAGCCUCCUCCUCAGCUUGAAGGUUCAAACCUCAGCAAAGCCAUGGACCAAACCACCAGGGUUGUGGGUGUGGAUACCCAGGGGAACUUGCUCUACGCGUUGGUGAAGCCAGUAAUGGGCGUCUUCCAAGUACCUUCAGAACAAGCCGGCAGCGUAGUACAAGGUGGCAUGGACCUCCAGGGUUUAUCUGAGAACACGCUGGUCCUCCCUCAGAUGCAGGGCCAGGCUCCGCUGGAUCAGAACCACGUGGAGAUACACAACAUGCAGCCUCACAUGCAGCCUCAGAUGCAGGUUUCUGCCCCCGUCCAUACCCAGGAUGUGUCUCAGAACCAGGAGACGCCACCGAACCCCAGCGCCAAUCCCGGGUCUGGGACCCAGAUGCCCUUCGCAGAGGUGUCGUCCCUCCUGGAUCCGAACAUGAAGGGAUCCAAGGCUCGGAAGUAUCUCAUCUCGUACAAUGAAAUCAAACGGCGCCUGCAGGACCCGGAGAAGAUGUCCCUGCGCUCGCUGGCAGCGUACACUCGAGUCAGCAGAGGCCCGGCCAGCAAGAAAACUCUUCUUGAGUCACUCAAUGUUCUCGGCCUCACUCCAAGCACAACUACCUCCGUAUCCUCCUCGUUCUCCAAACUAUCAGAAGGCGACACCAGGGCUUUGUGUGAAGAUAUGAAAGAUUUCUCCCAGGACUACAUUGAUUACAGUAACAUGGCGAAGCAGCUCAUCCCAGAGACCAAUACAAUUCAACACUGGUCCAAAAUGAUUGAAACCAAGAAUCACCUCGAGGAUAUGAGGAAAUGUUUCAAGGACCCGGUGAACAGCGGUGCGUUUGACAACGUGACUCACGGCCUCGGCCUGGGGAUGCUGGACGUCGCCCUGGACAUGAUCCUGAUGGUGGUCGAACAGCAGAUCCGCAUCUUGUCUGGUGCGGCGGCGUCAGACCCGGUCGCCACCGGUCCGCCGAUGAGGCGUAUCCGCAGGCGCCACCGUAAAACCCACUUAAAUAACAUGGAGACGCCUCCCAAGGUGUCUGGGGGGGUCAAGGACCAAGGGAAGGUCAUUUCCAAAGGGAAGGGGCGGGGCAAAGCCAGGAAGAAAACGAGACAGGAAACCGUGGCGGCCGGUCCAGUGGAAACACCGGCAGAGCAGUACAAGCCAGACGCCGUGGAGGGCAACGUCCUCACACUGGUUUCUGUGGGAUAUGAGACUGUUUCCACUGGGCUCAACGCAGCUGGAACUGUUUGACCACUGGUCACACCACAGGUCAAAGGGACCAAGGACAGUCCCAUUCAAAGAGACACAGCAGCGGGACAGCCGGCACAAGUUGAGCUUCAUUGAGUUCCCAUGAAGACGAGCACAGGUGUAGUGAGCUCAGCAUCGCAGUGUAAAAUCUGUGUCUCCAUUCAGGUGCCUGAAUCCUACUAUUGUCCUUUUAAAUGUGUCCUUUAAUUCCUAAAAAACGAAGGAUCCAACAGGUGGAUCCUUCUCGGGCCAACUUCCUCCAGGAUUCAUCAUGUGCCGGUGGCUGAGCUCCAAGUAGCCAACGAUACCGUGGGAAGAGCGAGACAAGCUGGUGACUUGAAAUUCCCCGUAGACUAGACUGUCUCUGUCUCUGUCCUGUGAAGGACGCCCUCCCUGGACUGGGACACAGAUAAUGUCACAUGUUGGAGUCCGCUGGAGGCAGCAGCCGGGAGUCAGCUUUACUUUGCAGAAAGACUGGAAACAGGGAAGCAGAUAUAAAGCCCCAGAGCACUGCCCAGAUGAUUUUGAUUUAUAAAGAGCCAGGCUAUUGGUUUGCCCCUGCUUCCCGUCUUUCUGCUAAGCUAAGCUAAGCUAACCAGCUGCUGUGACAUGUGACAGAUGUGAGGUUGAUCUCCAUCUUCUCAUCUAGCAGUUGGCAAAAAUGUGAUAAAGCACAUUUGCUGAAAUGUUGAACUCUUUCAUUAAGUGACUCCUCUGUUUCUUUAGUAGGGUUUGUAUGUAUUUCGAUGUAUAAACUGAAUCAUGUCACAUUAUAUUUUCCUGUCGUAGGUUAUUUUUUAGCGAACAGACAAACCAAGGAAUGUAAAAUGUUAACGCAUUGUUCGUGCACAAGUACAGUUCACAGUUACUAAUAUCCGAUUUCUCGAUUAUUAUCAUUGUUUUGCUGGUACAACGUCUCCUGUUGCCCUCUUUUUAUUUAUUGUUUAGAUUCAGUGCUGUUGUUCUGUACUAGAGUGUUGGAAAUAAUGUCUGUCUGUUUUUACUGGAGUAAAAUAUGGAGAUUUAAUUUUCAUAACUUUGUGAAUCUGUUAUUGUGAGAAAAAGAUGGUUUGAAUCUGUUGAUCCCUGAGACAAAAUAAGACAGAAUUAUUUCAAACGUAUAAUUUCACAAUUUAA